AUGGAUCAGAUCUCCUGGAAAGCCUUGUGCUUCUCGCUUUUCGAUUACAAAACCGAAAAGUAUGUCAUCGCAAAGAACAAGAAAGUGGGCAUUCUCUACCGGGUGGUCCAGCUCUCCAUCCUGAUCUACAUCGUGGGGUGGGUCUUCAUGGUCAAGAAAGGGUACCAGGAAGUGGACACCUCCAUCCAGAGUUCCGUGAUCACCAAGGUGAAGGGGGUGGCCUUCACCAACACCUCAGAGAUGGGCAAGAGGAUUUGGGACGUGGUGGACUACGUCAUACCCCCACAGGGUGAAAGCGUUUUCUUCGUAAUGACCAAUUUGAUCAUCACCCCCAACCAGCAGCAAGACACCUGCGCUGAGAACCCCAGUAUUCCAGAUGCCGUGUGUUACCGUGACAAAGACUGUCCUCAAGGGGAAGCAGUGAUAUCCGGCAAUGGUAUCAAGACAGGACUCUGUAUAAAAAUCGGGAACAAUAUCAGCGGGACGUGCGAAAUCCUAGCUUGGUGUCCGGUGGAGAAGAAAGACAGAACAAAGAAACCCUAUACCAUUUCGGACAAAUGGCUGUCCAGUCUCUUCUUAAAAACUUCCAUCUCUUUUAAAGACUUCCAGUUUGUGAAAACCAAUGUCCUGGACACCAAAAACGACGCCUAUCUGAAGACGUGUCGCUAUGGAGCAGACCAGCCCUACUGCCCCAUCUUCUCACUGGGGAAACUGGUCAGCUGGGCCGGGAGCAACUUUCACGAGAUGGCGUCAGAGGGCGGUGUGAUUGGCAUCCAGAUUGAAUGGGAUUGUAACUUGGAUAAAAAGCCAUCCGAAUGCAACCCUCGCUAUUCUUUCAGUCGCCUAGAUAACAAAUUUGCGGAGAAGUCGGUCUCCUCUGGAUACAACUUCAGAUUUGCCAAGUAUUACCGGAGCGUGGCUGAUAUCGAUUUCCGAAUGCUGAUCAAAGCCUACGGGAUCCGCUUUGAUAUCAUGGUGAAUGGCAAGGCGGGAAAAUUCAACAUCAUCCCGACGGUGAUCAACGUGGGAUCCAGUCUGGCGCUAAUGGGAGUGGGCGCGUUCUUCUGCGACUUGGUCCUGCUGUAUCUUCUCCGAAAGAGCCAGUUUUACCGAGGGAAAAAAUAUGAGGAAGUGAGGUCAAACGCCAAGAAAUCUUUACCGGCAACUACCAUCAACGGGAACCAGACCGGGAACCAGAGUGCAGAUUCUUUAUCCCGAUUGGAUCAGCUCGAACAGCUACAGACGGCCGAGACUUAAAACCGUGUCUUUCUCUAGAGACCCUCCUUCGCAAAGUCGUCAGUCAUUAAGAGAAACCACGGACCACAGAAGCUGCAAAAAAGGAUGCGUUUUCAGCUUCUUAUGACCUCAUUUUUUGGAAUCCGGAGCCAAGGGUAGCUGUCCGCGUUGCAGGAUUUUAACUUUUUAAAAUCGAAACCAAAUACCAGACAAUCUUGUAGUUGCAUGGUGGAUAUAAAGGGGUCACUCUUUGUGUGGCAUCUGGAUAACCUAACACAGCUGUUCUUAGCCUGUGAAAUUUAUGUCAAAAGGGCCACCGAUGAUUGGAGGAGACAGUUGUCCACGUUGAA